AUGGAACCAAAUUUAAAACUUAGUCAAGAUGAAGGAGAAGUUCUUGAAGACCCUUUGGUUUAUAGAAGAAUCACAGGAAAGCUACAAUACUUAAUAAUUAUUAGACCAGAUUUGUCUUAUUUAGUGAACAAGCUCAGCCAGUUUCUUACAGUCCCACAGCUUCCUCACUUAAAAGUUGCUCAAAGGUUGCUGCAAUAUAUCAAAACAUGUCCUGGACAAGGACUAUUAUUUCCAGCAAGUUUUGCGGUACAAAUGAAAGCUUAUACUGAUUCUGAUUGGGCAGCUUGUCAAGAUACAAGGAGGUCUACCUCGAGCUUCUGUAUGCUUCUUGGUAGUUUUCUGGUCUCUUGA